AUGGAGGCGAGGAGAACAAAGGCAAGUGAGGCUGAGGCUCUAGGGGUCGACACCAAGGGCGAUGCUCCAUGGGUGUUGUGCACUGGCGAGUGGGUAGAGGAAGCUGAUAUCGAGGCACCGCUAGUGACUGACACUGAAGGUAAGGCAACGCUAACACUGGGUGAGAUAUGGUCGGUGACGAGCGCUGAUUAUGGAGCAGGACUGGGACUCUAG